GGUACUUUCUGAUGCUCUCCCCAUGAGGUCCUUCUGCCUAUCCUCUCCAUUCAGUUGAUCAAACACUUGAUCAAAAAAUCCAGGCCGUGUCGGUGCUCCUGCAAGCAAAUAGGUAGGCUACUCUAAUCUGCAAACUCUUCCCUGACCUCAGUUUAAAUCAAGACAGAGUUAAGAUGACAGCAAAGCACCGCAGAGGAAAAAGCAGCAACAAACACGAAGAAAAUUCUUACAAACAUGACUCUCUGGAACCAGAGGAGCGGCCAGGAAACAACCUUGCUUUGUUGCUUGUUUUAUUUCUCAUUAUCGUUAUUGGAGGAGCCACCGUCGGCUGGUUCUGCUUCCAGCAGCAGCAAACACUAACCUAUUUAACUGAUAACCUCAUGGGCAUGCAGAUGAAAAUGGUGAAGUUGCAGUCUUUCCAGGAGGAAUUGCGAAAGUCAACCGAGAAGCAUGGCAUGGAGGGCAUUGAGCAGCGCUUGCACUCGUUGGAGGAGUCUUACUCUCUGGCCCAGAAACAAGUGGGUAUGGCCCUAGCCACGGCCGAGCAGCUCAAGACAUCGGACCUGCCCGCCCAGGUUCUGUCCCUGCACACCGAGAUGAAGGCCCGGUUAGCGGAGAUGCAGCAGGCCACCGUCUCGUCUGAUCAGUUGGCCCAGCUGGAGGCCACGCUCAGCGAACAGAGCCAGGAGUUCGAGGCCAUCAAGCAACAAGUGCAAGGACUAGCUGGGGUGAGCGCAGAGCUGGCCCAGAACUUGGAGAACCUCUCAGGGAGCCUGUUGGCUAGUGAGGCAAAGGUGGACGACAGGACGGCCUCCAUUGGGGCCCUUGGCGCCCAACUGGAGGACCAAGCUGCUAAGCUUCAAGGCCUGAACGAGCUGCUUGCUGCACAGCAGGCUGAACUGGAAACCAGCACUCAAGAUAUUGCAGGCGUGAAAGCGUUACUGGAGGCCGAGGGGGUCCAGCGGUCCCAGCAGGCUAACGUGGAGGAACAGCUGAGUGUGAUGCGCGCGGGCCUCAAAGAGCAGAGCAAGGCUGCCCAGGAUCUUCACUCCGAGCUCCUGGCCCAGCUACAGGCCAUUCAGAGUCAGGUGGCCCAGCUGGAAAAUGGUGGUGUGCUGGAGGCAGCUCCUGCAGUGGAGGCAGAGGAAGCACCAGUUGCAGCCACUGAAGAAACGGCAGCAGCCGAAGUAGCAGAGGCCGUCGAGGAGGCCGUCGAGGAGGCCGUCGAGGAGGCCGUCGAGGAGGCCGUCGAGGACAAUGCGGUGAUUGAGGCAGAGGAGGCCUCAGCGGGCGAGGAGGAGGUGGUGCAGGAAGUGGAGCAGGAAGCCGUGGAAGAGGCCUCUGCUCCGGAGGAGGUGGAGCCUGCUCCUGCUGCUACUACUACUGAAGAGUUAGCGGAGACGAGUGAGGACAUGGCAGCUUCAGAACCAGAGGUAGAAGCGGAGGAGGCAGAGCCGGAGCCGCCGGCAGAAGACACGUCUGCAGAAGAAUAAUAGUUACUGUAUCUGGACACGGUUUCACAAGGAGAAUCUUCCACCAAACCCAGUGAUGAGGACAGAAUAGACAGUUCCACGUGUCUUAAGACUAGCAGGACAAUAAAACAAGAAGUUAAGAAGGCGUUAACUUUGUUUUCCUCACAAACAGCAACCAGGUCACAUACGAGGGUUCAUUUUGCAAAGACAGAACAGAAACGGCUUGUUUUUUUGGAGGGUACCUUGGCCAGAGGAUUUUACAAUAUGCAGGACACUCUGGUGCCAAUACCAACCUUGUAAGCCUUAACGUUUUAUACCAACACAGUUGUCUUUCUAGAGUUUUUAAAAUCACACUUCACUUUUACUGCACUACCCUUAGAUAAAAUCAGUACUGUAUCUUUUUCUGCCGCCAAACUUUUUUUCAAAGUGUCCCAUGAAAUGUGAUCGCUGUUUUUGUGAGAAUGACUUUGCCUUCUGUCUCUUUCUGGGGAGCACUUUUUGUGAACGGGAUGCACCCCAGACUCUUGGAAAUGACAUCCCAGUGCUAUCAGGUUUGUUUAUACAGUAGAGGAAGUAAGAGUACUGGGGGGAGAGCUCUAUGUCAGAAAGGGAAUUGGGGAGGAAGGGAAAUGGUUGCUGCGCUAAUUGAGAAUGGGUUCUAAUGUCUUUUGAUUUCACUUACUUCUAGAAUGUUCUGUGAUCUCACUCCAGGCUCACUAUCAAAUGGUGCUUUUUGCACACUUCAUCUUGGGUCUGAAAAAAUGUAAUUUUUUUGAAAUAAAUGCUGGAUUCACCCCCUUUUUAAUACUUGA